AUGUCGGGCGAUAAGAUGAAGGCCGUGCACUAUGAGGGGCCAUUCAAGGUCUCUGUGAAGGAGGUCGGAAUACCGAAGAUCGAGCAUCCAGAUGAUGUGAUUGUCAAUGUGACAACUGCUGCCAUUUGCGGUUCGGAUCUGCACAUGUACCAGGGUCGCACAGCUGCAGAGUCAGGACUGGUCUUCGGCCAUGAGAACAUGGGUGUCGUCAUCGAAGCUGGCGCAGGUGUCACUCUAUUGGAGAAGGGCGACCGUGUCGUCAUGCCAUUCAACGUAGCCGAUGGAAGAUGUCAAAACUGCGAGGAGGGAAAGACAGCGUUUUGCACAGGCGUAAACCCCGGGUUUGCAGGCGGCGCAUACGGAUACGUAGCCAUGGGCCCAUACCAAGGUGGCCAGGCGCAGUACAUUCGCGUACCAUUUGCGGACUUCAAUGCACUCAAGCUGCCCAAGGGCACAGAGCAUGAGGCGGACUUCAUCUUGCUGGCAGACAUCUUCCCCACGGGAUGGCACGGACUUGUCCUGUCAGGCUUCAAGAGCGGCGAGAGCGUCGCAGUGUUUGGAGCUGGCCCUGUCGGUCUGAUGGCAGCAUACAGCGGUGUUCUGCGAGGUGCCAGUAAGGUGUUCGUCGUCGAUACCGUGCCUGAGCGAUUGGAGGCGGCAAAGAAGAUUGGCUGCAUACCAGUUGACUUCAGGAAGAGCGACCCUGUCGAGCAGAUCAUCAAAGCCAAUGGUGGUAUGGUGGACAGAGCAGUCGAUGCUGUGGGCUACCAAGCUGUCGACGCCUCAGGGUCGAAGGAGAAGCCAAACAUCGUCCUCGAUCAAUUAAUCAUGGUGACUCGUCCAACGGGUGGAUUGGGUAUCCCAGGACUGUAUGUUCCAGCAGACCCAGGCGCGCCAGAUGAGCAGAGCAAGAAGGGACAGAUUCUGAUUUCGUUCGGAAAGCUCUUCGAAAAGGGAUUGUCGCUGGGCACUGGACAGUGCAACGUCAAGGCCUACAACAGGUAUCUACGCGAUAUGAUUAUCUCGGGCAAGGCAAAGCCAAGCUUCGUUGUUUCGCACGAGAUCGAGAUCGACAGUGCGCCGGAAGCGUACCAGAAGUUCGACCAGAGGAUUGAUGGAUACACAAAGGUGCUGAUUCAUCCUAAUGGGCCACUGAACUGA